AAGAUCACAAACGACUGGGCAACAAAAUUUACAUCAGUGGAUGUGGCUGUGAAAAAAUCUACACCAUUUAUGUUAGCGUCCGAAUCAUCAACUGACGUAGAAACCCUGCAGAUGGGAUGGGCACUAAGCAAGGCCCACGCAGGUUCCAUUCGGUUUUCUCGUGAGGUUGAAGAAUAUCUCACAGCCAAGUUUGAAAUUGGUGAGCGAACUGGCCGCAAGGCGGACCCUGUUCAGGUUGAAAAGGAUAUGAGAACAGCAACAACCCCCUCUAAUGAAAGACGGUUCAGUCGCACGGAGUGGCUAACUAAAACGCAGAUACAGAGUUUCUUCUCUUGCCUUGCAGCUUCCAAACGGAAAGAGUUAGGAACUGUGGGAUUUUCUAUGGAACAAGAAGAAGAUAUCGAAUGUCUAGUGGAAAGUGUAGAGCAUCAAAAUUUAAUGGCAAAUAUUGUUGAAGCAAUUGGAUUGAAGCACCCUAUUACAUACGACACGUAUGAUCUUUGUGACUUACAUCGACAGAACAGACUUCCUGCUUUUAAUGUCCAAAUGCUUAAGAAGGUACUUUCCUAUCUUGAGGUCCCCUUCAGAUCUAAAGAAAGGAAAGCUGAUCUGUUGGACAAGCUCAGAAAAGUUGUCACGGAAUGUGAAUACCAGGGUCCAGUUCAGUGA